AUGGCCAGAGAGGAGGAGCGGCCGGAGCGUGGGGGCGGCCCGGCCGGGGCCCCGGCGGCGGCGGCAGCAGCGGCGGAGCCUCCUCAGCCUGACCCUCAGCGCCAUCGGGCCCACAGCCCCUCGCCGGGCCUCGGGCCUCCGCCGCCGGCCUCCCCGCCGGCCUGCUCGGGGCUGCGCUUCGGCCUGGUGCCGUCGGAGCUGCACGCGCGGCUGCUGGACCCGCAGGACUACCGCGGGCGCGUGGGCGCCAUGGCGCAGCUGAAGCGGGCGCUGUGGGAGGCGCCGGGCGCGGCGCUGCCGGCGCUGCCGCCGCCCUGCCUGCUGGGCCUGCUGGCGCUGCUGCGCGCGCUGCUGGGCGACUCCAACUUCAAGGUGGCGCUGGGCGCGCUGGAGGCGCUGCGCCUGCUGGCCGCCCGCCUGGGCCCCGCCGCCGCGGGCCGCGCGCGCCUGGAGCCGCUGGUGGCGGCGGGCGCGCAGGUGCUGGGCGACGCCAAGCUGGCCGUGCGCCUGGAGUACCACCAGCUCUUCCUGGGCCUGAUGCGCGCGGCCGGGCCGCAGCCCGUGCUGGACCUGCUGCUGCGGCCCGAGCGCCUGCGGCACCGCAACGCGCGCGUGCGCGAGGCCGCGCUGGCCCUGGGCAUCGCCGCGCUGCUCACCUUCCCGCGCGAGGACUUCGACCUGCCCCGCCUGGCCGCGGCCCUGGCGCCGGCCCUGGCCGACGGCAAGCGCCGCGUGCGCCACGCCGCCCUGGAGGCCUGCGCCGUGCUGGCCGCGGCCCUGGGCCCCGGGCGCGCCGGGCUGCUCUUCCGCGCCGUGGACGCCGUGGAGCUGCAGGACGGCGGGCAGGGCGCCCUGGGCGCCGUGCAGGCGCGCCUGGCCAGGAAGACGCUGCCCCGCAUCACCGAGCAGUGGUUCGUGGAGUACGCCGUGCCCCUGCCCGGGCCGGACCACUGGCCCCGCGGCGCGGACACGGACUGGCUGCUGGAGGGCAACCGCGUCCGCAGCGCCCGCAGCUGCUCCGGGGAGCCCGCCGGGGCCUUCGCCCCGCUCGCCGGGCAAGGGGUGUGCCCGCGGCGGGUGCUGAGCGCUGGCAAAGGGAAGCUGCCCUGGGAGAGCGAGCCCGCCGGGAGCCAGGCAGCCCGCUUGGCAAAGGGCGGCGGACCGCUCUCGACAUCAAAUGAUUUCCUUCACUCUCCAAAACUAAGGCCUUCUCAAGGUGUGAUGCCCUCUCAUCAGCCCCAUAUCUCGGGCAAAUGUGGGCUGCUUGGUUUUUCUCACGCUCGUGGAAAGAGCGGCAGCGUGGAUUCUGAUCUACAGUUCCUUGGACUGAGUAACCCCUGGCAAGAUAAAGUGUGUGCCAGCCUCAAUUUCACCAACAAGCCCCAGCGGACGUUUUGCAGCCCCCCUGAACACGGCCCGCCUCUCCUGGGCUCCCAUGGCAGCCAAGGAGCCUUCAUCCUUCCAUCCUACCCAUUCUCGUCACCCAGGCACAGUCCAAAGCGCACCUCCCCUCCUGCAGAUUCGCUCAGGAAGGCACAAGACCAUGCUGUCAACUUCUCUAAUUCCUGGCCUCUUAAGAGCUUCGAGGGGCUUCCAAAACCGACUCAACCGAAGAAGUUUUCCAGCCCAGUGGCAGGAGAGGAUGCAGAGGCAAAGCCCCAGGACACCCCUUCCCCAAUUCAGCUGAAACCUGCCUUUGUGAGAUCCCCAGCUUCACGGAGAGGCCUGAGCGGGACAAAACCAGUGCCUCCCAUUCCCCGGGGCAUCAGUCCCUUGCCUGAUAAAGCAGAAGUCAGCACAGUAGGUCACAAGGAUGGGGAACCAGAAGACAUCUGGCUGAAUGAAAGGGAUAAGAAACUGGCAAUUGAUCUUUCGGAGUUAAACGUCAGCGAAAAGGAGCUGGAUGAGGAAGAGAUGCACAGUUCUCUUCGGUCUCUACGUAACAGCGCGGCUAAGAAGAGGGCGAAGCUAAACGGCAGCAAUUCUGAUCUCGAAAGCCCAGACUCCAUGCUGAAACUGGAACUGACCUCAGAGUCUCCUUCCUGCUUGUCCUCCCCGAGCACCAGUUCCUACAGCGAAAGUGGCGUUUAUAGCCAAGAGUCUGUAACAUCCCCGCUCUCUGCAGCCCCUCAAGGAAUAAGAACAAUGUCAGACAUCUUCCCUCUCCUUGGAGGCAACUCCCAGCCGACGAAGCUCUCGCCGCCGCCACGAAAUCGAGGUCUUCUCAUCGUGGAACAGAGUCCCAGCACAGGGCUAAUGUUCCAUGAAAAAGCAGCUUCCAGCGUGAGCAUUAGUGGCCAGCGGCUCAGCUAUGGAAAUGGAUCUGGAGAUUACGAAGAUGACAGACGGAAAGUAAUAUCGCCUGCUGUCCUUAAAGGGCAGGGCAAAGAGCACCAAAGGCAUUGUAAAUCCACAAAAGGAUUUACAGGGCCCACUUCAGGUUUACAGCAGCUGACUAGUCUAGACUUCAAUUCACCGAGUGCCUUGCCAGAAGACUCUGUAGUUAUUGUUGGAAAAGGAGUGUUUGGAAGCCCACCUUCAGCCCCACUAACUUACGGCCAGUCCAUAAUAUUCUCCAUGGAGAAUGGAGACGCACCUUCCUUCAAGCAAAGGAUGGAGCCCCUUUCCGGGAUCUACGGGAGAGCCGUCCAACAGCAGAGUUCUGGACCUUACCUUGAUAUAGAAAACGAAAGAGAUGUGAAAGUUGCCUUAUCCAAAUCUGCCCGGGAAAAGAUGAGACAGAAGAAGAAAGAAGAAAAAGAACACCAGGAAGUUAGAGACCUUGAAAAAAAGGAAGCAAACCCUUGGGAACUGCUGAAAUCCAAUGACGCAGAGAAGACGGCAGCAGAAAGCAGAAGUGCUGCUUUCAGUCCUCUGCUGAAGAGAACAUCGAGUGUAAAAAGGACACAGCCUUCGGUCUUGCUAGAAUCAGGUUCACGAAUGCAGUUCAAGGAUCGGACGUUGUCUGUCAUGCACAGUCCGGAGAUCAUGGAAGCGUCAGAAUUGAGACCCUUCCCUAAACCGGAAAUUGCUCUUUUGGAAGCAUUGCAGUAUCUUGCUGAUAACGACUGGGAGAAGAAAAUUGAAGGCCUGAACUCGAUCAGGUGCCUUUCUGCUUACCAUCCGGACGUGCUGACUGCAAAGCUGCACGAAACCAGCCUGGCUGUUAUUCAGGAGGUAAAGAACUUACGUUCUGUUGUCUCCCGAGCUGCAGUGGUCUGUUUAGGGGACUUGUUCAACUACCUGAAAAAGAGCAUGGAUCAAGAACUCGAUAAUACAGUGAAGGUCCUUUUGCACAAGGCCGGCGAAUCAAACACCUUCAUUCGGGAGGAUGUUGACAAAGCCUUGAAGGCGAUGGUGAACAAUGCAACGCCGGCACGCGCUCUGUCUUCUCUGAUAAGUGGAGGCCAAAGCCACUUGAACACAGCAGUGAGAAGAUGCACAGCCCAGCACUUAUCGGACGUUGUGGAGCACAUGGGACCUGGGCGUAUAUUGUCAGGCAUUAAAGACGUGACUGACAAGGUUUUGUCUGCUGUAGCCAAAUUUGUCCAAGAUGGGUCACAAGAAACAAGGUACUAUGGCCGAAAGAUGCUCUUCACUUUGAUGACACACGCAGACUUCGAUAAAAUGCUUGAAAAAUAUGUGCUGCCAAAGGACCUGCCUUACAUCAAAGAGACUGUCAGCAGCCUGCGACAGAAGGGGCUGGGAGAGAUGCCAAUAGUCACCCCCUCGGCCAAAGGACGGCGUUCUCACGCUAGCAACGUGGACAGCUCAAGAUCAGCCUCCUUGCCGCGAGAAGCACUCAGUGCGAGUGACAGAGAGAUUAGAGAAGCACAUGAAAUGUCCAGGAAAUUAGUUCCUCGCAACGCCUUGGAAAGUGCAGAAUAUGUGAAAGUCAUAACAACUUUGCUGAAUGCAAAAGACUUCCGAGAUCGUAUUAAUGGAAUUAAACAACUGUUGGCAGACACAGAGAGCAACCAAGACCUUGUUGUUGCAAACAUUGUGAAGAUCUUUGAUGCCUUCAAGUCUCGCUUACAUGACUCCAACAGCAAAGUCAACCAGGUUGCCCUGGAGACCAUGCACCGGUUGAUUCCUCUGCUGAAGGAGAAGCUUUCCCCUGUCAUCAAUAUGCUGAUUCCUGCCUUGGUGGACAAUAACCUGAACUCCAAGAAUCCUGGCAUCUAUGCUGCUGCCACCAAUGUCAUCCAAGCUCUUUGUCAACACUUAGACAAUUAUCUGCUUCUCCAGCCUUUCUGCACAAAAGCACAGUUUCUGAAUGGGAAAGCCAAACAAGACAUUACUGAAAAACUUGCCGAACUCAUUGUUGACUUGUAUCCCCGGAAGCCUCAUGCCGUGGAACAGAAAGUCCUCGUCGUUUUGUGGCACCUGUUGGGUAACAUGACGAACAGCGGCUCCUUGCCUGGAGCUGGUGGAAAUAUUCGGACAGCCACCGCUAAAUUGUCAAAAGCACUUUUUGCACAAAUGGGUCAGAACCUGCUGAUCCAAGCUGCAUCCCAGCCCCCACACAUCAAAAGAACUCUGGAGGAAUUCCUUGACCAAGCUACCUGAAGCAGACACAUAAACUGAUACUAUGGUUUUUGCAGGUUACUGAAUGACUGACAACAAAUUGUUUUAUAUGGGCUUGCGUGGAUCCUUCUCAAGAUGUGUUACUUCACCGUGCCUGCACUUUUCAUGCAGAAGCGAACGUGGAGUGACUGCUUUUAAUGACCAACCCAUCAAGGACUUAGUUUUUCCAGUAUAAGUCCUAGGCUGCAACCAAAACCAGUAUGACAUUUGGGAACACCGUAUCUUCCUCUCUCUCUCUCUGCCCUGGUGCUGUUCCAAGAUUUUGUAGAACUGGGAUUGGCCAUCUAUGAAAGCAAAGUCAACUCUGCUCAUUUGCACUCUUCUUUUGACUCUGUGGCACAGUGCCCUGCGUGUACUAACAAAGGUGACCUUUUGAAAUAGGAAUAGUUUUAAUCAUAAAAUCAUGUUAUAACAUGUCUUCUCAUGUAGCCUUAAGAGGAAAAAUAAUCUUUGAGAGACAUAUAUGAAGAACAGGGUUCUGUGUGAUGUUUGUGGAAAAAAUGUAUUUUUAAAAUCAGUCCCACUCAUGAUUGUGCAGUGUUAGCUUGCUUUUGCUGCUGUUGAUGUAUUACAUCUGCACAAUGUUGUAAAACUUUUAACAGGUUAUAAUGAAGCAUGUUGACCAAAAUUUAUAGAAAAUGAAUAAUUUUUACAGAUUUUGAACAACACAUGUCUUAAAACAAAUGUCACGUGUUGACUGUAGCUUCCAUAUUUUAGUGUGAAAAAUAUUACUGAAUUUUAUCUGUCCAAAAUUUAUAAAGGUGUUAACUUUUCUGCCCUGCUGUGCAACCCUCAGCGAUAUAGUGCCAGUUCUUCUUCUGCUCUCAAAAUUUGACAUCUACAAGUACUGUAUUCAUUUGAAAGAAAAAUGUUAUAAAAAUAAAUGGAUUUAUUUCUAUAUAAAAAAAA